GACAAGCCACUCGAAGGGUCGAGCAUCAUUAUCGAGCACGGCAAAAUUCAAACUGAGCUCUGGAUUUCCAGUCAAGAGAGUGAACAAGAUUUCCACUGUGGCAAUCACGAUCGGCGACCCUUGAGUUACUGCGCUAUCGCAGCAACUCAAGGGUCGCCGCCUCUGCGGUCAUCACGGCAGAUUUGACGAACAUCUGAUAAUCCAAUUGAGCUCUCUCCACUUCACUACACUCCAGAGCUGCAUCGUCUUGCAUAGCGAUGGAGUAAUGGUCGCUUCUAAUCCUCUCGCAGAACAUUGAAAGAUCCGGCGGCAUGGGUGCGUGGAUCAGCUGACUGGAUGCCAGGUCUGUUGUUGACUCGAAUCACGGACACAGCGCUCGCAGUCUGCAAGAAUGUCAAUGAUGAGGCAGAAGUUUCAGGUGAAGGCGAAGUAUAAAAAAAAAGCUCCUUGAGUGCUUGUGAUUCAGAUCGCUCGGUGCUAAGGAAGGAGGAGCAGUAAUCAGUAUGCACUGAGCCAGAUCGCCUUCAGGCGGUCGACUGUAACCCUGCGGAAUUUGGCUUUGACUGAAAGUCCAGGAGGAUGAGGAGGACGAGGUUGAGGGUCGCACAGGAGAAGCAGUAGGACGAAUGGAAGGAAGGGAGCCCGUGUCUGACAGACCAGAAUUAAAGUGGAGUGAAGCCAGCUGAAUCAGCCAGUGUUUGUUCAUUCGUUUGAUCGGUCAGUUAUCGAGAAGGAUGAGGAUGGAUGUAUGGAGAUGGUGAGGCACAAUUCAGCUGAUUGUUACAUGAAAUCUGUAUCGCAGAAUUGGAAUGAAAUCUUCGCAGAAUCGGAAGAAUUGGAAGCUGAAGGUGUCUCAAAAAUUUAAGUUUGGCCGGCCGGCAUCCGAUGGGAAGUGAUCCAGCAACUCGAUCGUGUCUUUUAGGCCCCGGCCCCUGAAAAAGUUUGUUGGGAGGGGAGGGAGUGGCCAAUGACUUGGCCUUGAAGUCGUCGAACUCGUUGAGGGAUUCAAGCUGUCGACAGUUAGCACUGUAAGCACGGGCCUGUUGAUUUCUUCAAAGCUUGAACGCUGCAUUGUGGAACGGACUCUUGACCUCGACUUGUUGUCCUUCUACACCGAUCACCGGAGGCAUGAAUUAUACGGACCCACGAUGCUGCGAACGCAUGCCGGACUCAGUGCAGUUGUGAUCAGAUUUUGACACUCGGGGAGCUAGCCUUGCUCUGAGGUCUUUGUCGGCGCCAUGGAGCCUUUCACAAUUGCUCUGGCACUUAUACCGAUCGGAAGUCUGCUCACUUCUCUGUCGAAGGAGGUGCUGAACACUGCAAUCGCGGCUCAGGAUGUAGCAGUCGAGAAGGAGAAUUUCAAGACUCUGGCCAGGUUUCUGAAAGACGUGCAGUGCGUAUUGAUAGACUUUCAGAGGCAAAACUUGUCCGAUUCUUCCGCGAUGAGGGCCGCCCUCGAGAAUAUGAAAGUGAAUGUGCUGGAGGCGCAGAAGGUGCUCAAAGACACGGACGGAAAGUCGAGGUUCCUGCUCUUGAUAAACAGCCGCAAGCUUGUGAAAAGUGCUCAGAAGGCCACGAGGAACAUCGGCGAAGCGUUGCAGUUGUUACUCGCCGCAGGUUCUGAAGUUCAGAUGGAUAUCUGCGACCAUGCUUAUCGACUGAAGGAGAUGAUGGUGACAGCGGAGUUUCAAGCUUCAGCCGAUCAAACUCGCGUCAUGAACUCUUUGGAGAAGGGCCUCCAGGAGCAUAAGACGGAUCAGACUUUUGCGAAUAAUAUCCUGCGCCAAAUAGCUCAAGCAGUGGGGCUGUCGCAAGACCACAAUACGAUGAAGUUAGAGCUCGAAACCUUCAAGAGGGAAGCCGAAGAAGUUGCUUUGAAAAAACAGGACCAAGAGAGAGCGUUCAUGGAGCAAGUUAUUGCCAUCCUCGAUCGUGCAGAAGCAGUCUCUCCUCCCGAAGACCCAAUUCUGAAAUACCGGAAAUUGGUUCAAAAGGCUUCUCGUGCUGGAGGGCAGCUCCCUCCAUACCCUUCGUUCCUGUGUCCUCUAACGAAAGAGGUGAUGAAAGAUCCGGUGAUUCUCGGCUGUACAGAGAAGACCUACGAGAAAUCAGCCAUUCUCGAGCAUUUCGACGGUCAAUCAGAAGGCAGCUGUACAGAUCCUGAGAGCGGGCAAAUCUUGGUCAAGAAAGAACUACGUCCCAACAAUAGCUUGCGAGCAGGUAUCGAAGAGUGGGAUGCUCUCAACAAAAUUAUACGAAUUCGCGAGGCCAAAGAGAGUCUGUUGUGUGCAGUGACGUCUAAACAGAAAAGUGCUCUCGAGGAUCUUGACCGACUGUGUGAGAUGAAAGCGGAGUACAAAUACUGGAUUGCAGCUGAGGGCAUUUUGGAGGCUAUCUUGCACUUGUGGACGGCUUCUAGACUAGUACCCAAAGAAUUUCGGGAGUUGAGUUUAUCGACAAUGACGAUGAUUGUAACGAAUAUCGACCUGAACAGGGAAAGAAUGGUUGAUGCUGGGGGACUUACUCCGAUAAUUAAGAGCUUAAUUCACACUUAUCAUCAGUCCUCGGCUGUUGCGCUGUUGUUCGAGUUGUCGAAGAACAAGCAAGCUUGUGACAUGAUUCCUGAAGUGAAAGGAGCUAUCCUGUCCCUUGCGACUGUUUUUCUCCAGCGUGACAUCGAGUCCGAUGUUCGAGAGAAGGUCAGGGUUAUUCUGGAGAGGCUCUCUGAAGUGGAUGAGAACGUGCAGGCAAUGGCAAUGGCUAACUUGGUGGAUCCCUUGAUAAGUCGCCUCGCAACAGGUCCAGACACAACAAAGGUAUGCUUAUCCAAUUUCCUUGCCGAAAGGGUGAGAGAGAGCGACGUCAACCCUGACAACAAGACUUUAUUAGCAGAGGGCGCUGUAAUUCAGUUGGCAACAAUGCUGAAAUCCAGCAAGUUCGCACUGAAGAGCUCUGCUCUGGCAGCGUUGAGAAAUCUUUCUUCCUGGAGAAAUAUGAAGAGCCAUAUUUCAGAAUCAGGAGCCGUCGCGGAUGUGCUGCUCCUGCUGAAAAACACGAACAAUCAACUACAAAUUAGAGAGAGUGCUGCUAUGGUAGUUCUGAAUUUGUGCUCUGAAGAUGGUGCGAAGUAUAUAGCGGAGGUCGGCGAGAAGCACAUUCCUGUAUCUCAAGUUGUUCCACUUCUUCUAAAUCCUGGGGGCGUGAGUUCCUCAGUCUUGCGCAUUCGAACACUUCGCGCUUUGCUGGGGUUGUCGAAGGACAAAGAAGCCAGGAAGUUCAUACAGGACGAAACGAGUGUCCAAUUCUUGUUUGCAGAGGUGUGGGGACCAGACCGGGAUGCUCGGAGGUGUUCGCUGAAAAUCCUCAUGGGACUUGCACAGAACGAGGGGGCAGAGCAAGUAUUCGAUCAGUUGCAAAGAACGAAAGGUGAAGCAGACUUGGUCAAACUCAUGACAGAUGUGGACGAAGACGCACAAGCUUCAGUCGCAGGGAUCUUGGCGAACCUGCCUCUCGGGCGUGAACAACUCACGGCCUCGAUCCUGGCAGCUGGAGUCGUACCUGCGACGGUCAGCCUGAUUAACUCCGAGGUGGAGGAGGUUCAGGCAAAGGCUCUGGCGACUCUGCGCCGCUUCACCGACUCAGACGUCGAAACGCAGAAGGCAGCCGCCAGCCUUGACGUGCACACUCGUCUGAUCGAGCUCUUGAGGACCGGCGCCCCACGCAGUCAAGCGGGAGCUGCCUACGUUUUGAGAAACUUCUCUCGAAGCACUCCGAAGCUCGUGAGCGAGGUCCAGGCCUCAGGCUGGACGUGCGCCCUGAAACGCCGACCUCGACUGUGCCGGGUGCACGGGGGCAAGUGCAGCGUCAAGAGCACAUUCUGUCUGGUGGCAGCCGGAGCCGUGGGUCCCUUGGUGUCACUGCUGGGAUCGGAUGAUACUGACUGGGGAGCCGGAGAAGCAGGGGACGCAGCUCUGGACACUCUGGAGACCCUUGUGGGUGGAGACGAUAUCGUGCACUCGGGGGCCAUUGCAUUACACGAAGUGCACGGAAUUCAACCUCUUUUCGGCCUUCUGCGUCACGAAGAGCACGCAGAACGAGCAGUGCUCAUGCUGGAACACAUCUUCAAAGUUCCCACGAUGAAGGAGGAAUACCGCCGCUCUGCAAGUCUGCCUCUCAGAGAGCUAGCUGCACCUCCGAACAGCACCGUCCUCAGAACCAGGGCAGCCAGGCUUCUCGCUAGCAUAGACACGGCCAACAUGCAUCCACAUUCAGCUGCACAUCGAUGAUGGAUGCUGAACUCGGUCACUGAGCUACCAGGUUUUCAGACUCGAGUAAUGGAAGCAAGGCAGUCAUAGCUCCGACGAGCUGACGUCGCUUGCUCACUCACUGACUGUACAUAGAUACACAGGAAACACCAUGUUCAUGGUGUUUUUCAAGACAGUCUCAUCAAUCUUAAGUUCGUGAAACUAUGUGUGUACAGAGGACUAGACAUUGAAAUUGUAACAUAGAUGCCAAGUCUUUCAGACAAGGUUGUACAGAGUGCUGAAAAUAGAGUUCCGGACCCGUAUUCAUGUGGCAUUCCUAGCUUGAAUGGAGAAGAAUGCACUCUGUCCUGGUUUCGGGAUUAGAUAGACGCAGCUCGCUAGACUCUGAAGGACCCUGGACGACAAGCAGUCGGGUGUCCUCUAUUUAAGUGUGAAGUCUCCCAACGAGCUCUGUCCCUGUUGAAGUUUUCUCGAAAGGCAGUCUUCUGGGACACUCCAUUUGUCUAGGUGUUCGGAGAUUCCACUCACGCGUUUCAUUAAGAUUUGCCCUUGCAAGAUCCGGUCCUCUGAAGUGAUCGGCGAUCUUGCA